AUGGCCACUGUUCAGGUUGUAUCAGCAAAGACUGCACUCUCGGACGACACCACCGCAUUAUCAUUGAAAUCUGAUGAGAAAACCACUGAAGAAGUUGUUUUGAGUCCAAUCACACCAGCAGCAUCGGAAACCAAAGAAGAAAAAGAAGAAGAAGUUGUAGUAGAAUCUUCAGCUGCAGAAGCAAAAGCACCCUUGAUUGAAUCUGAAACUAAAUUGGCGGUUGAAGAAACUGUGACUGUGAAAGACACAGAAGAGGAAACAAAGAAGGAAGAAGAAACUGAGAAAGAUGAACUAUUUGAGGAAACAAAAGAAAAUGCUGAUUCUGCUGUCGAUGUUGUUCAUGAACCACCAACUGCAGAAUCUGAAACAGAAAAUGCUGUUAAGGAUGAGAAUGUGAUAGCUGAGCCUGAAACUAAGGACAGCGUUAAGACAGAAGAAGCACCAAAAGAGAAAGCUGAGGAGAGUGUUGAGGAAGAAGAAGCCAUAGAUGAAAAGAAAGAGGAGGAAGUAAUCACCAACAGUGAGGCACAAACUGAGAAGAGUGAGUAA